CCCCCGUCCCCUUCCGAGCCAGCACAUCUUCCUUUUUUUUUUCUUUGUUAAUACAGAGGGAGCAGAAAGGAGAUGCCGGCGGUCGGUGGCGAAGGGCGCAGCGGUGCGUCGGAAGUGGCGGGCGUGAAGGACAAGCGUUUCCGGGGGGUGAGGAAGCGGCCGUGGGGGAGGUACGCGGCGGAGAUUCGGGAUCCGGGGAAGAAGAGCCGAGUGUGGCUCGGCACCUUCGACACGGCCGAGGAGGCCGCCAGGGCUUACGACGCGGCCGCCCUCCAGUUCCGCGGAUCCAAGGCCAAGACCAACUUCGCCUGCCGUGACGCCGCCGGAAGCCACAGCCCUCGCAGCGAAGGCAGCACGAUCGAGUCCUCGAACCUCGGGCCGCCGCUCGCCGUUCCUCUCCAUCCCGUGCUCGACCUAAAUCUCUUCCAAGGACAAAGCGGCAGCGGGCGUUUCCCCUUGUUCUUCUUCAACAAUAUCGUCAGAUCGGAGAUUUCUGCGCCGGCCACGAUCUACCAUCGCCAGAUCUCUCGCCCCCAAAUACUCGUUCACGAUCUGAAUCUGACCAAGAGCGACGUCUCGGACUCCUCUUCCGUCAUCGACCUCCACCUUUCUCCAGAACCGCAGCAAAAGCGGCGUGCACCACCCUUCCUCGACUUCGAUCUAAAUCUUCCCGCUCUUCCAGAGAUCGCUUGAGGAUAGGAGAUAAUGCCAUAGAAAUCUUAACCACUCCAAUUUUUUGACCAACUCGUUCGCGAUCGGAGAUUUCAUCAGCGAGAAAGAAGAUAGGUUUUUGUAUACUGUUUUCCUGGUUAGUUCUCUCUGUUCCUCCUUUGCGCAGCAGGAUUAGCGGCAGAUCGGAGUUUUGCUAUAUCAAAAAAAAAACAAAAGAAGAAAAAAAGAGUAAAUUUCUUAUUGCA